CUAAGCCUACACAACCCCUUUUCAAGAAGCCUUCCCUGGAUAUGGCCCGCUCCUUCAAUGCCCUGCCUGUAGCUCAGUCGACUGUCAACACGUCGUUCAACACUGCGUCCUCUUCCCAGCAGAUCCAAGCGGAUAUAGCAAAUACGUCCUUUACUUCGCAUGUCGACCAUACAGAAGCUCCGCGCACUUUCAUGACGAGAAAUCAACGAUGGCCAACUGAAGUUCAACCCACAUCCAGAGAAUCUUUCCGACGCUAGCUUCGACCCGCUUCGACUUACUUUGGAAGUUUCGAUCUAUGGUUCAGCACCAUCGCACUCUGAUCCCCACAUCUCUUUCAUCCCCAUGGCCGACGGGGGUGUACCAGGAGACAUCGUUGCCGACUCCAUGAAGGAGUGUCUUGACGCUGAACGAAGUAACCUUCUCGAGCAGAUUUGUGACCCUGUCGAGCUGUACGAGUACGUUCACAGGAACAGCUCGACAUCGAGGAACGGGUCUGACAAGUCCCGGCAGGCAGCUUUGCGUUUGGGGCUAGAAGGGAAGCUCAAGCUGCUACUGGAGUCAGGAUUCUCCCCUCUCAAUUUACAGGUUCUAGCCAAGCACAUGUCACGCCUCGUCAAGAAACAGCACCUCCCCCAGGAAUCGAAGCUCCAAAGGCCGCUCGGGAAAGCAACAUACUUUUACGGUGUCGCAGAUCCCUUGGGAGUGCUGAAGCCCGGAGAAGUGCACAUUCCGUGCUCCUCGUCUUUUGUUGACGAAGUGACUAACGAGAAGUUUGAUGCCAACGAUGACCCAAGCGUCGAUGGUGUCUUGCAGAAAGCUUUCGUGUUUAGAAGCGCCCCGUCGCUCCUUGGCAUCGUUGCGACGUUCCUGGAAAAGCAGUCCUAUCUGGAGGAUCGCGGGUUCAGGAGGACGAGCUUGCUAGUGUGCUGGAGCAGCGGAUCUCAUAGAACGAGUAUCGAAUAUCCACGAGUGCCCGGGUACGUGUGACAAUGGCUCGGCAUUGUUCAGAGUGGGGUAAAGCGAUAACAGUGAGAUGGGGUAGAGGUAGCGAG